GAGCAGAUCAAUAAUAUUCAGGUCGUUCCUUGCACCAACUCGAAUUAUCUGAGACCGUUUAGGGUGCAUUAUAACCAGGUGUGAAAAAUAUUCACCAGAGCUGUUUUUAAUGGUGUUUUGAGCGUGCUCCCGUGACACCACUUCCAUUGUUUUCCACCAGCCGGCUAAUAAAACGGAAGUCUCAAGACUAAAAGGAAGGACGUCACGUCGUUUACUUCCGCGUUCAAAAUUAAGAAUGGAACAAAGAAGUCUUGGGACUUUAUGCAAACCCAUGAUAGUGUCUCUGUACUGAUUUUCAACACCACUUCACACUGUUUCAUCCUGGUCAAGCAGUUCCGCCCAGCUGUGUACAUGAGUGAAUGGGAGCGGAGCAAACCUAAUCCCCUGCAGCCAGCAGAAGAAGGGGCCGCAGACGCCACACCAACAGAACCCAAAGUCCCACAGGAGGGCCAAGCAGGGGAUACAAGCAAAGAGACGUCAAGCCCUCCUAACCAACCUCCGGCAUCAGCAGGCGUCACCUACGAGCUGUGUGCGGGCUUGGUGGACAAACCUGGCCUCUCUUUGGAGGAGAUUGCCCGGCAGGAGAUACUGGAAGAGUGCGGUUUUGACGUGCCCGUCACCAAGUUGAGAAAGAUCACGUCGUACAGGUCAGGCGUUGGUGUGACCGGAUCCAAGCAGACGAUGUUUUACGCUGAGGUGUCCGAUGAGAAUCGUGUUGGAGAGGGAGGAGGUCAACCCCAGGAGGGAGAAUUGAUCGAGGUGGUCAAAGUCCCGCUGCACGAAGCAAUGACCUUCGCCUUCGACGAGAGCAUCCCCAAAACAAUGGGCGUCAUUUUUAGCUUCAUCUGGUUCCACAACAACAUGUCACCGAAGUACAAGAUCUCCACUAAUGUCUAAUAACAGUUUAAAGCCAUUGUCGUACAUUUUUUAUAUAUUGUGUUCACUAACAGUGUUUAUUUUUUCAGUUCAAGUUUCUUACACUGUUUGUAGUGGUUCUGGCUGUUGUCUUAUUUUAAAUUCUGCUAUAUAAGCCACAUUUGUGCGCUCUCCACUUUUCAUGGGAGCUGACACAUCCCGACAGGUUACCAUAGAACUGAAGAGGCUCAUUGUGAGCUUGUUUUGUGUAACCGAAUGCUUUGUUUUUAACACGUCAGGAAUUCCAACCAACCAUUUGAUGCAUCUUUUUGAAUUCACACCAUGGCCCUUAAAGACUUUGUAAUGGUGAGCUAGUGUGCUUUAACAUGAGAGGGCAAGAUUUAAGAGACCGUGUUGAUACCAUCUCACUUUGAGAGGAUUAGGGAGAAGAUCUCUCGGAUCAUUUACGAACAAAGCCGUGCGUGGUGGCCAGAAAGUGAGACCAUUUUCCCACCAAUUUCACAAAAAGAUAGUAUAAAGUUUAUUGUGAUUAUAUGUGGACAACACACAGGCAGCUACCCAACUGAGAGAACUUAACAGCCACUACUAAACACUAGUAAACAAUCAUUUGCUGAAAAUCUAGAAAUGAAGUUCUUGCAUACAGUGUAUCUCAGGACCAGAGCUACCUUGUUUUGUGACAUUCAGGGUUAGGGACAAUGCUGAAAAAUAUUGUUAGUGACAAUACUUUUUGUAAUGCUGCUUAAAGUUGAUAUUGUAAAUGUUUUGCACAGUUUAUGAAAUACAUAUAGAUGUAGGAGUGACAUUCUAGUCCUACAAGUUUAAAGCUGCUGCACCAUAAUCGACUUUCAGAACACAUUAUUGAAUUUAAUGUUAGGACUGCAUGUGUUUGCCUGCUGAAAAAAGUACAGACAUUUUCACAAUAUGCUAUGAAAUAGUUUCAGAAAGAGUAACUGGUAUCUCCUGAAGUCAUAAAAACAAACAAUGGUCGCAUUCUAAAAUCUUGAAUUUCUUACUAGAAAAUCAUUUGUUAUAUUGAUCCAGUUUAGAAAUAUAUAGUUGUUGACUAUAAAUACAUCUCACACAAAUAUAAGUGAUAUACUCUCAGUAUUUUCCAAGAUACCUGCAAGUAGUUGCUUCAUUUACAAAAGAUGAUUCAAUUUAGCAUGAGUCGCCUUCAAUUGUAUACAAAAAUUAUACUAAUGAAUAAAUAUUUUUUGUAGAAACAGCCUGAGGACGCAAAAGCCAUCUGAGCCAUUUAUUGUAGUUCAGUUCAGAUUCUGUUGCACAGAUCUCUUAUCUACACUGGAUAUCAAUUAAUUUUAUCUUUCAUAUUUCUAGAAUAUUUUGCGAAGGAUAUUGAAGUACGUAAAUACACACUGUACUUUUUUUUGACAUUUUCUGGCAGCUGGGGCGCUUGAAAUAAACCGUAAAAUAACAGUUUUUCCUUGUAACAUUACAGGUAUUCCCCAUUUUUCUUGAAAAGUAUUUUCUGUAAUUUUUACGUUUUUUUGACCGUAUUCUAAAAAUACUCCUAAAAUCUGUAAAAAACUGAAAAAUUCUGUACAAUUAUAGUUUUUUUUGGACAUUAUACGUGGAAAAACUCUAAAAAAAAAAAGAAAAAAAGAAAGAAAACUCUAAAAAAAAAAAAAACGUUUUUUUACAGCGCAUUUUUAGUAUUUUUUUAUCCGUUUCGUUCUCGAACUUUAUCACCACCACUUUAAAUAAAAUCUGUAUUCUAAGAUGAUCUUAUUGUAAAACAUUCCCUCUCACUGUACUCUAGUCUAUAUUUUAUUGUGAUUGAGUGUUAUGCCUUUGUUAUCAAUGCAGAUAGUCAAUAUGCUAAUUCACAAUGGUCACAUUUAUAUAAUCAUAAGAGCAGGUUCUGUCUGAUGCUUUAAGGUUCUUUUUGGUAACUAGUGAUUUAUACACUUCAUCAUUGUGUUUGGUGGGUUUAGGAGAACUUUUUCUUGUUUCAUUUCUGUCUGAAGUAUGCAAAGUUAAAUUAUGCAUUGGUUUUGUUAUAGUCUAUGUUAUUGUUUUUGUGAUCAUAAUGUUCUUGUCGUCUUAAGAAUCACUUCUUAUACAUUUCUGAACUUUUUGGAGUGUUUUGUACAUUAAUCUCAGGAUAGGGCUUUGUUUCUUUGAAAUAAUGAAUUCUUGUUGAUUUAUUGUCCUGUGCCACUGUUACUAAUACUUGGUUUCUCGACUCAGUAUUCCUACAGAGGUGUUUGUUUCAAUCACUAAAGUCUUUAUAUCUCUUAUGUUUGAUCUCACAACCUUUGUUUACUGAUUUUUUUAAUGGCACCUCAAGCAAAUAUAUAUUUCAAGUAUGUAAUAUAUAUAUGCAAAAACGUAUCUUUUGAAAUUUGAAAAUAUAUUUAUUUCAAAAGUGAAAUAUUGCAUGUGCAUCUGUAUUACAUUAAUCUGCAUUCAGUUUAAAUGAAUAAAAAGGUUUGAAGCCUUAGAUUAUCGAG